GUGCCGCUCGUACCUUUCAUGCUUUCAACGGGUCCUUCAAUUCUCGUUUUCUGAAGCGGUUAGACAGUUCAGACUAUCUUAAAAUUUAUACAAAAGAAACAUUCAUUUAAAAACGUAUCUUAAUCGAUUUGUGUUAAAAUAAUAACGUGCCUUGCUUUUCUACUUUGAAUGGGUCGUCGUUACGAUCAUUUCAGCAAUAACUUUCGGCUUAGAAUCCAUGUGUCACAUUGACAUUUGAAAGCUCUCGGUUGUUGUUAUUUUAAGACAAACUGCACGAUGUUGAAAACCAAGAUUUAUGAUGUUCCAAUCAAACAAGAACCCUUGGAUUUACAACCCAUCAAGAUAGAAAGGGAAGAUGUAGACGACACGGAGACUAUGGUGAUUGAACUUCAACACUCUAAUGGACUUGUGCUAAACUCUAGACUCCAAGCUCAGCCAUCACAAAGGACAGUAGCCGGUCGUGACAGGUUUUCGUCCAGUAGUGCAGAAGACUCAAGUUCUGAGCCUGAACAUGACUCGCACAAUCAAAACAACAAAACAUGGCUCAACUCUGCAGGCUCAGUACGCAAGAGGAGGGGGAACCUACCCAAACACUCGGUGAAGAUAUUGAAGCGCUGGCUGUACGAACACCGCUACAACGCUUAUCCCAACGACAGUGAGAAACUCACACUCAGCCAGGAGGCAAACCUCACAGUCCUACAGGUGUGCAACUGGUUUAUAAAUGCCAGACGUCGUAUCCUGCCUGAGAUGAUAAGACGAGAAGGCAACGACCCGCAGCACUACACGAUCUCACGACGGGGCAAGAAGUCUUCCAGUAACGGCUCGGCGAGGGGCAGCACGGGGCGAGGCGGGGGUAACGACAGUCCAGAGUAUGAGAGCAGCUCUCCCAGUGAGGAGGACCCUCCCACUGUACCCUGGACGGAGCUGAUCGUGUCUAGCUUCGAAUGUAACAGCCCCGCUUACACCACCACCACCUCCAAGAACCCGGAAGAGUUCUGGAGUGCUCACAUAGGCAGUGAAGUGGCCAUCAGGUGUGAGAACGAUCCUCCUCCUGAGGAAGAAGACCAAUUCAAGUGCCUAAGACUCUUGGUGGAGACCGCAGUCGCGGUCCGUCAGAAGGAGGAGGCCUCGGUGCGCGCGUAGCCCCAGUACCUGCCGACAAAGCUGCCGAUUUCUUAUUAGUUGUUGCGUAUGACAGCCGGCCAGCAUUUUUUGUGAUGAGCUCGCCGUGCUGGGUAUUUUUACCACUAGAUGAUAUUGUUGAAAUAAAAGUUUCCUUGGUA